AUGCACAUACACACACACACACACACACACACAUACACACAUACACGCGCACGCAAACACGUACACACACACACAUACGGAUACACACACGUAUACGCAUACACACACAUACACAUACUUACACACAUAUACAUAUAUACAUACAUAAACACAUAUAGACACGCAUACACACACACCCAUACGCAUGCACAUACACAUACACACAAAUGCACGUGCACACACAUACACACGCACACACAAACACGUACAACAUAUACACAUGCAUACACACACAUACACGUACCACACAUGCGUAUACACAUACACACACAUGCACACACACACAUAUGUGUGAGAUAG